GAAACCUAUUAAUUUUUUAUUUUUUCAAUAUUGGUAACAAUUAAAUUCGAAUUUGAUGCUACAUUCACGCGGGCAGCACGUUUGGAUGUGUCAAAAUGGCGUAAAUAUUUUGUUUAGAGGAGAAUUAAUAGCAGGGUGUGGCUUAUCUCGUUUAAUAAUAGACCGAACGAAGAAGCGCAGACCGAGCAGAGACGCUCGUAAACGUUUCUAGCAUUUUAGUAAACGGUUAUUUGGUCCGCGCGCCAAAGUCCAUUGGAAUUAGGUUAAACGUCAAAAAAAAAAAAUAGUGGGAACUGUCAAAGUGACAGCGCGCUGCUCGCAAUGCCCGAGUUUAUCUGACAAUGUUCGCCCCGCGACGAUGGGCAUACGAUAAUUUGGUGCAGAAUGUCACGUUUGGCAGAUUAUUUUGUUGUCGUUGGUUAUGAUCACGAAAAGGAGCGUAGUGGAAUAAGCAGUGGGAUUAUUUUGCAAAGGUUUCCUGAGAAAGAUUGGGGUGAUACUCCAUUCAUUGAGGGUAUAGAAUGGUUUUGUCAGCCUCAAGGAUGGGCUUUAUCCACGGAGAGACAAGAACCGCGAUUUUUCGUGUCUGUUCUUACAGAUAUAGACGCAAACCGUCAUUAUUGUGCUUGUUUAUCGUUUAAUGAAACUGUGUCUAUUACACCAAGUAAACCAGUUGAUGAGGAGGAAGAUAAUUUAGAUACAGAAGCACCUCUUGUAAGACCAAUUCCUACAAUAUGCCACCAUAGCAUAAUGUACGCUCCAAAAUGUUUAGUAUUAGUUUCGAGACUGGAUUAUAUAGAAACAUUUAGAAAUUGUUUAGGAAUCAUUUACACCGUUUACAUAGAAAAUAUUGGAGUUCCUUUGGAGACUUUAGUAGGGAACAUUUUGGGUUGUAUUCAAGUACCUCCUCCGGGAGGCCCCCAAGUUCGUUUUAGUAUAGGGGCGGGUGACCGUCAAGCUCUCCAACCCCCAAUAAGCCCCUCAUUACCUGUAACACACACAACCGUCAGUUUGAUAUUCCAACAAUUGGGAAUUCGCAACGUUUUAAUUUUGUUCUGUGCCAUAAUGACUGAACACAAAAUUCUCUUUCACUCAAAGAGUUAUAACAGACUCACAGAAGCGUGUAGAGCCUUAACAGCGUUGAUGUACCCCUUUCGAUACACUCACGUUUACAUCCCACUUCUUCCAGCACCUUUAGUUGAGGUUUUGUCGACCCCAACUCCAUUUAUUAUGGGGGUUCAUUCGUCGUUAAAGUCUGAAGUGGCUGAAUUGAUGGAUGUUAUUGUUGCGGAUUUAGAUGGAGGUUCAAUUAUUGUACCAGAUGGGGUUUCUUUACCAUUACUUCCUGAGCCUUUACUCAGUAACACUCAAGAAGCUUUAAGUGUAAUAUUACAACCUGAAUUAAAUUUUGCGGACCACGCGUUUCCACCUCUUGCAGUGAGAGCGCCUCAAAACGUAAUGCUGGAUAAAGAAAUUCGCGCUGUUUUUAUGCGGACAUUUGCGCAAUUAUUACAAGGAUAUCGAAGUUGUUUAACUUUAAUUCGGAUCCACCCAAAACCCGUUAUAACGUUUCAUAAAGCAUCGUUUUUGGGGGAAAGAAAUCUGACGGAUUGUGAUUUUACAACGCGAGUUUUGGAUAGUAUGUUUUUUACGAGUUUUGUGGCGGAAAGGGGAUCUCCUUGGAGGCCUUGUGAUGUUUGGGAUGAAUUGUAUAGUAAUUUUGGAGAGAUUAUUAAAAGUGAGAGUCAUGAAUCUCGAUUAUUAUUGGGGCAUAUUCAAGAACUCGCCCAGCAAUUAUACACAAAUGAAAAUCCAAAUCCUCAAUCAUAUGCACAAAAAAUACCUGUGCCUCCUGAAGGAGCUUUCACUAGGAUUCAUCAACCUACUUUGCCAUUAAUUGAUUCUCAACAAGUUCAAUGUAUCAUUGAAGAAGGUUUAACCAGAAAUAAUUUAAAAUCAAGUGAUAAUAUUUUACGUAUUAGGCUGCAAUCUCUCAGACCAAUUCAGCCGAGAAUAGUCCCGAUGGGGCCGCAUAUCUCCAAUCUGAGUGAAAACAAGAAUAUUGUUAGUAAUUCAGCGAGAAAAUUAGAAGUUUUAAGAAAUUGCGUCAACUGCAUAUUUGAAAACAAAAUUUCGGAUGCACGAAAAACUUUCCCGGCUGUUUUAAGAGCUUUACAAUCAAAACAAGCCCGUCUGGCACUUUGCAACGAACUCUCUCAACACGUCGUUGGUAAUAAAGCAAUGUUAGAACACCAACAAUUCGAUUUAGUCGUCCGUUUAAUGAAUUGUGCUUUACAAGAUGAUUCGGCAAUGGAUGAAUAUGGAGUUGCUUACGCUUUAUUACCUUUAGCGACGGCUUUUUGCCGAAAAUUGUGUACUGGGGUUAUACAAUUCGCUUAUACAUGCAUUCAAGAACAUGCUGUUUGGCAAAACCAACAAUUUUGGGAAUCAGCUUUUUAUCAAGAUGUUCAAAAAGAUAUUAAAGCUUUGUAUCUCCCACGAGCUGAUAUGUUAACUUCUCGAAUUAACUCAGAAAUGCUUAGUCCAACAUCUCCGCGUGACCCAAAAGAUUAUUCCUGGCAAAAUCGCCGUUCGAUUUUAAAUCGGGUACAAGAACCAAGUGCUUUGGAAAUCGCUGCUGAACAAAUGAGAGUUUGGACUAUGUUUGAUGUCGAAAAACAAAAAGAAUUAGUAUCGAGCGAAGAAAGUACCAUGUACAGUCAAGCUAUACAUUAUGCGAAUCGAAUGGUUUCUUUAUUAAUCCCUUUAGAUAUCGGAAAUAAAAUCCAUAAACAAGAUCACCACAUCGAUGACGAACGUGCCAGUAAUAGCAUAACGAAUAGUGUCGCUGAAAGUGAUAGUAUCGACGCUGAAAGUGGUUUUGAGGAAGAUUCUAGUGAAACUGGGGCGACCGUUAUACGUCAAGUUUCGAGAUUUAUCGAUAAAGUGUGUAAUGAAGGCGGAGUUAGUCGAGAACACAUUCGAAAUCUUCAUCAAAUGGUACCGGGAGUCGUUCAUAUUCAUAUCGAAACUUUAGAAGGGGUUUAUAGAGAAUCUAAACGAUUACCACCAAUACAAAAACCAAAGAUCUUAACACCGAAUAUGUUAGUUGGGGAGGAAAGUAUUAUGGAAGGGUUGAGGGUGUAUUUGUUGCCAGAUGGACGUGAAGAAAGUUCGACGAGUAAUUUAGGAGGACCAAUUCUUUUACCAGCCGAAGGAGCGAUAUUUUUAACCAAUUACAGAAUUAUUUUUAAAGGAAUUCCUUGCGAUUCUUUCGCAUGCGAACAAAUCGUAGUAAGAUCUUUUCCCGUCACGUCAUUAACUAAAGAAAAAAAAGUUGGCGAACAAUAUCUUAGCCAUUUAAAUCAAUGGUUACAAGAAGGACUUCAAAUUCGUUCUUGUACGUUUCAAUUAAUGAAACUCGCCUUCGACGAUGAAGUAACUCCCGAAAACGUUGAUACAUUGCGAAAAUUAAUCCAUAAAAUACGACAUCCUCCAGACGUCUUCCAUCAUUUCGCUUUUACCGGACAAGUUGUUGUUACUCAAACACCUUUACAUAAAAAUAAAGAAAAAAAUGCCACUUUAAAGGGCUUUGCGAAAAAAACACUUCUAAAAACAGCAAGAAAAGCCGGAUUUAAACAAAAACCCACCUCAAAACGUCAAAAAUACGUCCUUCCCAACAUGGGUGUAAACAAUAAUUCAAAAUAUAUGACAUCUCCUGGUCGGAUGAGUCUUCCAAUUCCUGACGAUUAUAAUCACGAUGAUGAUAUGUCAAUUGAUGAUUUUGAAUCCGGCCCAUCUUCAACGUCAAUAAUCCCCGCUACAACCGAUUCAAAAACAUUGGAGCGCCUCGUUGAGCGAAGCUACGUGAGAGAUUGGCAAAGAUUAGGACUUUGUUCGACGAAUACAUCGCCUUCGUCAAAACAUUCAACCGAACAAUUUCGAUUAACAACCGUUAACUCAAUUUAUAUGAUGUGUCGAAGUUAUCCCGCGUUAAUUAUCGUACCAUCUCCGGUUCCCGACGAAAGUAUUAGGAAAUUUUGUAGGUGUUAUAGACAGGGGAGGAUUCCAACGAUAACUUGGAGACAUCCACGAACGAAAGCUUUAUUAUUACGCGGGGCGGGGUAUCAUGGAAAAAGUGUAAUGGGGAUGUUGAAAAGUCACCCAACAACGACCACUUCGACCGAUACAACUUCAUCAUGUGAACAAGAAAAAUAUAUUACCGCUUUGGUUUCAGCUACUCCUUUAUUUGCGUUGAGACAAGGUGCUGAUUGGGCACUUUCUGAUAGUAGUUUAAGUAUUGAUUCUUUAUUAUUGGCCGCUGAAGAUCCUUUAACUGCGGGAACGUUAACACCGGAAAUGGGGCGAAGGCCGAAUCCAUUUAAUAAAGCAAUGGGAACAUUAGGUGUAUUUCCUAGAUCUAGUGGUGGAAAAGGACCAAAAAGUUUUAAUCGAAGCUCGUUAAAAGAUAGAAGACAAAAUUCUCAAGCCUCUCUAAGUACAACGCAACAACAAAGAGGAAAUAUACGACAUUCAACGGACGUUGAAGCGGCAGCGAGUGUUCAUACGUUACAAAAGGCUGCGUUAUAUAUUUUAGGUGAAAAAGCACAAAUGAAGGGUGCUAGAAUCGAAGGUAGUUCGAUGACUGAUUUUAUUCCCGUUGAAUAUUACGAUGUAAGACACACUAAAGCGGCGUUUAAAAAAUUAAUGAGAGCUUGCAUUCCAAGUUCGACGACGGUAGAGCCUGAACAAAGUUUUUAUCGUUUGAUUGAAAAUUCGGAAUGGUUGCAGCAAUUACAAAAUAUCAUGCAACUUUCUGGGGCUGUAAUUGAUCUUUUAGAUCUUCAAGGUUCGAGUGUUGCGAUUUGUCUUGAGGAUGGUUGGGAUGUUACAGCUCAAGUUGCUUCGGUCGCGCAACUUUGUUUAGAUCCGUUUUAUCGUACUAUAGAGGGUUUUAGGAUUUUAGUUGAAAAGGAAUGGAUUGGAUUUGGACACAGAUUUAGUCACCGUUCAAAUUUAAACGCAAAUUCACAAGCGAGCGGUUUUGCCCCAACUUUUCUCCAAUUCCUCGACGUAAUUCAUCAAAUUCAAAAACAAUUCCCCAUGGCUUUUGAAUUUAACGACUAUUAUCUACGAUUUCUCGCUUAUCAUUCGGUUUCGUGUCGUUUUCGUACGUUUCUUUUUGAUUGCGAGUUAGAAAGGGUCGAAUGCGGGGUUGCCGCGGUUGAAGAUAAAAGAGGAUCAUUAACUUCGCAUCAUAAAAGUGUAGAUACUUGUUCGGAUGAUGAAAAUGUUUAUCCAGGUGGUCGGAUGGCGGGGAUUUCUUUAGGACCAAAUUUGGGACAAAGCGUUUUUGAUUAUAUCGAAAAACAACAUGCGAGAAGUCCGGGUUUUUUUAAUUUUAUGUACACCCCUGAUUUUGAACAUCCGGUUCUUCGCCCACAAUCGCAUUUAGCUUGUUUGGAGUUGUGGCAGUAUUAUUUGGAUGAGGAGCUUUCGCAUGGGCCGAGUUAUGACCCGGAGAUUAUUCAAAUGGAUACUCAACAGGAGGAGGAAAUUGAAGCUGCUGAUGGGGUUAAUAAUAAGUCGAUGCGAAAAAUUGUUACAAUGGGUUAUGAUAAUGCUAAUAAAAACGUUCCGGAUGCUUUUACACAUUUAUUGGAGGAGAUUCAUAAAUUAGAAACGGAAAUGGGGCAUUUGCCGCAAAAAUGGAAAAUUUUGUGGGAAAAAUUAGAGGUUCCUAGUACUGAUUCUUUAACGAGGCACGCAUCGUUUAGUACAGCUUUAGUUCGAUCUCACGGGCGUUUAGUUCAUAAACGUUCAACUUUAGAAAUUUUGAUGCGUGGUAAAAUGGUUGGAGCGGCGGAGGCCGCUUUGGUUUAUUCUCAUCCGCACAGAUUUGAUCGGUAUAAUUAUACAACACCGACUUAUUGCGAUUAUUGUUCAAGCGUAUUAUGGGGACCAGUUAAGACGGGAAUGAGAUGCGUUGAUUGCGGAUAUAGCUGCCACGAAAAAUGCAUUGAAAGGGUUCCAAAAAAUUGCACAAAGUACAAAUCGGUAACGGAUAGCGCCAUAAAUACCGCGAUAUCCGUUAGUGGCGGAGAUAACGGUUCGGUGAGUUCAGGAAGUGCGCGACAAACUUCCAGCCAGCACUUUUACGAGCAAUUUUCGUCGAAUGUCGCCGAAAAUAGGACUCACGAGGGUUUCCUUUAUAAACGGGGGGCUUUGCUGAAAGGUUGGAAACAAAGAUGGUUCGUUUUGGAUACGAUUAAACACCAAUUGAGAUAUUAUGAUACGAUGGUUGAUUCACAUUGUAAAGGAUACAUUGAUUUAGCUGAGGUUAUGUCCGUUAUGUCUGCGCAAGCUACACCGGGUGCUCCGAAAAAAACGGAUGAUAAAUCGUUCUUUGAUUUGCGUACAAGUAGGAGAACUUAUAAUUUUUGUGCAGUUGAUGCAACGACGGCUCAAGAAUGGAUAGAAAAGUUACAAGCUUGUCUCCAAUAA